ACACACAUAAUGAGCACAAACUUUACAGAUAAAGCACGUGAAUCACUCACUCUCGCUGUGGAACUAGCGAGAGAGAACAGUAAUGCUAUGGUCUACCCUGCACACUUAGCCAGCGUCUUACUCAAUGAUCCUACAAGACCGGAGGGUACUUCUCCCUCAUUGUUUGCAACAGCAUUAGAACGAGCGGGCGUAGAUAAACAAUCAGCCAACAGAGAAUUUCAAAAGCUUAUCGUCAAAGUACCAGUACAAGAACCAGUGCCAGACGAUAUUACAUUAGCGCCUGGUACUAGCAAGAUACUAAGGAGAGCUUCAGAUAUUAUGAAAAACCAACAUGACACAUAUGUUGCUCAAGAUCACCUAAUUUCAGCACUUUUGGAGGAUAGCACUAUCAUACAAGCACUCAAGAAUGUUGGAUUGAGUAGUACGAAGACUGUAGAGAGUGCUCUCAACCAACAGCGAGGCGGAAGACGCGUCGACCGUCCAAAUGCAGAGGAAGGCUUUGAUGCACUCAACAAAUACGCAACUGAUCUCACCGGUGAAGCAGAAGCAGGUCGUUUAGAUCCUGUCAUUGGACGUGAUAACGAAAUUAGAAGAGUCAUUAGAGUACUUUGCAGACGUACAAAAUCAAACCCUGUCUUGAUUGGUGAACCAGGUGUUGGUAAAACAGCAGUCGUUGAAGGUCUAGCACAAAGAAUUGUGAAUAGAGACGUACCAGCAAGCUUGCUAGGCAAAUUAUUUAGUUUGGAUGCAGGUGCAUUGAUGGCUGGAGCCAAGUACAAGGGAGAGUACGAAGAGCGCGUUAAAAGUGUUCUUGAUGAAAUUGAAAAACUCGGUGAUCAAGGUAAUCCAGUUAUACUCUUCUGUGACGAGAUACACCUCCUUAUGACCGGCUCUGGUGAUAGUUCUGGUGGAAUGGAUGCAGCUAACUUGUUUAAACCAAUGUUGGCUCGAGGAAAGAUCAGAUUGAUCGGUGCAACUACAUUGAACGAAUUCAGACAACAUAUCGAAAAGGAUGCUGCAUUUGAAAGACGUUUACAACAAGUCUUAGUUAAUGAGCCAUCCGUCAAUGAAUCAAUCACUAUCCUUAGAGGUAUUUCACAUAAAUUGGAAGUCCAUCAUGGUGUCCGUAUACUUGAUUCAGCACUGGUUGCUUCAUCUACACUCGCAAAACGAUACUUGACUGGACGAAAAUUACCAGAUGCAGCUAUCGAUUUGAUUGAUGAAGCAUGUGCUGGUGUCAGAGUCGCUAGAGAAACAGUUCCAGAACAAGUCGACCAACUGGAAAGAUCGAAACUGCAAUUACAAGUAGCCAUUCACGCACUCUCUAGAGAAAGUGACAAGGAAUCGAAAGCUAAUCUCGAAGAAGCGAAGAAGUCAUUGGCUGGCAUAGAUGAAGAGCUCAAGCCAUUGAAAGCAGCUCAUGAAGCAUCCAAGAGACGUGAUGAUGAAAUCAAUGAAGCAAGAAGGAAGGUAGAAGAACUCACAGCUAAAGCCGAUGCAGCUGAACGUAGAUACGAUUUGGCAACGUCCUCCGAUAUAAGAUUCUAUGCAAUUCCAGAUCUUAAGAAGAAGAUCGAAAUGAUGGAACUCAAGAAGAAUGAAGAGGAGGCAGCUGAAGGACAAGCAACAAGUAUCGUAACGCCUGAUCAAAUUGGUGAAGUUGUUGCAAGAUGGACUGGCGUUCCUGCAACUCGCAUACAGACAACCGAAAAAGAAAAGCUCCUUAAAUUGGAAAAACUUCUCGCGAAGAAUGUAGUAGGACAACCGGAAGCAGUCAAAAGCGUAGCAAAUGCUAUCAGAUUGUCAAGAUCUGGCUUAUCAAAUGCUCAGCGCCCUAUUGCAAGCUUCCUUUUCUGUGGACCUAGUGGUACGGGUAAAACAUUACUUUCAAAGCAACUCGCACAGUUGUUAUUUGACAGUGAGCAAGCAAUGAUGAGAAUUGAUAGCUCAGAAUUCAGUGAGAAACAUUCAAUUUCAAGAUUAAUCGGUGCACCACCAGGUUAUGUUGGACAUGGUGAAGGCGGUCAAUUGACAGAAUAUGUGAGAAGAAAGCCAUAUUCAGUCAUCUUGAUAGAUGAAAUCGAAAAGGCUUGUAGAGAGUUCAUCGUCUUACUCCUCCAAAUUCUCGAUGAAGGUAGAUGUACGGACGGCCAAGGUAGAACUGUCAACUUCAACAACUGCGUUCUUAUAAUGACAUCUAACCUCGGUGCAUCCCAUUUGGCAGAACUCGCAGGAGAAGAUGGUGGCACACCAGCUGAAGCUAAAGCACUAGUAAUGAAUUCGGUACAAGCGCACUUCCCACCUGAAUUCGUCAACAGAAUUGAUGAAAUUAUCAUAUUCAGAAACCUUGCAUUGGGAGAUGUCAGAAAGAUUGUUGACAUCCGUCUGGAUGAAAUACAGAAACGCAUGAAAGGAAAUGGCAAAAAUAUUAAACUCAAUGUCGAUGAUGCAGCUAAGCAUUACUUGGCAUCUGUCGGAUUCAACCCUGUUUAUGGUGCCCGUCCACUCAACCGCUCUAUUCAACAAGAGAUACUCACACCACUCUCAUCACUCAUACUUUCAGAGAGAGUAUUGGAUGGUGAGACCGUUGAGAUUACCUUUGAUCCACCAAGAAACAGACUUUACGUUAAACCAAAUCAUGAAGGAGUCGUUGACAUGGAUGAAGACGACUUAAGCGACGAUCUUGACGAUGAUGACAUAGAAAUUGAAGAAUUACAAUAAAAAGGACAUGAAAUGAUAAUGAAUAGACACUACUAAUACUUAUUUAAUUGUAACGUUAUGGAUU